AAAUCCACUCAAGAUAAUUUAACACAAAAAAAUUCAAACGCAUUUAUCUAUCGACCGCUGAAGUGCGAACAAACCAAAAUGAAAACAAAAUUCAGUACCCUAGCCUUCCAGUUGAUCCUUGCUUUCGCCUCAAGCGCUGACCUACCAACUUUGUACCAGUACUACACAUCCGAUGGAAUCACCUCCGGACUGUCCGUGGACCAACCCUACUUCACCCUCAAUGGCAAAAACAUCACCCUCUAUAGCGGUGAAAUGCACUACUUCCGUAUUCCUCCACAGUACUGGAGGGACCGUCUUCGUAAACUUCGAGCCGCUGGUCUAAACACUGUUGCGACCUACAUACCUUGGAACCUCCACGAACCCAGAAAUGGUUCAUUCGACUUUGGGAGCGGAGGUUCGGAUUUGGAGAUGUUUCUGGAUCUUGAAGGGUUCUUGGCGGCUGCUCAAGAAGAAGACGUGUUGGUUAUAGCCCGUUCAGGACCCUACAUUUGUGCCGAGUGGGAAUGGGGAGGUUUCCCUAGUUGGUUACUUAGAGACGAAAAUGUCAAAGUAAGAACCUCUGAAGAAACGUUCAUGAGGUACGUCGAGCGGUACUUAAGCACCUUGUUGUCGCUUCUUGCUAAGUACCAGUUUACAAAUGGGGGUCCGAUUGUUGCGUUUCAAGUGGAAAAUGAGUAUGGGAAUAGUCCGACGAAUGACAAAGUGUAUCUUCAGCAGUUGUACGACAUUUUCAAACACUAUGGAAUCGUGGAGUUGCUAGUGACGGCUGAUAGUCCGAAGAGAGGGACUGCGGGUACUCUUCCAGGAGUUUUGUUCCAGACUGCGAAUUAUGGGUCAUAUCCAGUCGAGCUAUUAGGGGCACUUGAAGAAAUGCAACCCGGACAACCUCUAAUGGCUAUGGAGUUUUACUCAGGGUGGUUCGACCACUGGUCGGAAAGUCACCAUACCAAGUCUGACGGUUCGGUUAGACGAGAUUACGAAGCGAGUUUAACGUAUCCUGCAUCGGUUAAUUUAUAUAUGUUCCACGGUGGUACCAACUGGGGUUUUUUGAAUGGUGCAACCAUCGGGCCUGGGGAUAACUCAGGACUUGCCCCAACCACGUCCAGUUACGACUACAACGCACCAUUGACUGAAGCUGGCGACUAUACCAGCAAGUACGACAUGAUUAAAGGGUUAAUCGAACAGUACAACCCAAUACAAACCCUAACACCGGAACCACCUGCACUAAUCGAGCGUCAAGCCUACCCAGCAGUACCAAUCCAUAGCCAACUAAGUCUGAACGACAUUCUUUCCAAGUUUGACGAUUCCAUACCAAGUAGUACCACUCUGUCCAUGGAGCAGCUGCCCAUAAACGAUAACUCUGGCCAAAGUUAUGGGUACAUCGUUUAUCGCCAGGAAGGUUUGACCAUUUCGGCGGACUCUACUUUGACAAUCACGGGUCAUGUCCGUGACACCGUCAUGAUCUUAGUAGAUGGAGUCCUGAUAUCAAAUUCCUUAUCAAGCAGUGACGAUUUCAACAACUUUGGCUACUGGAGACUGGAAAAUUCCACCAUUAGUUUAACUUCCACGGAUCUGACUGACGCCACUUUAGACAUUGUGAUUGAAAAUUGGGGCCGCGGUAAUAGUGGUCACAUGUACCGACAAGUCAAAGGACUGGUCGAAGACAACCAUGUGUACUUGAACGGUCAAGAAUUAUCGUCUUGGUUGAUUUUCCCGCUGGAAUUCAAAAGUUCGUGGACGAAGAAGUUAACUGGUUGGAGUUCUGUUGACAGUACGAGUUUAUCAAAAGGACCAGGAUUGUAUAAAGCUACUUUAAGUGUGGAUGAAGAUCGUACUGACACUUUUCUUGAUAUGAGUGAGUGGAACAAGGGCGUGGUAAUCGUCAAUGGGUUUGUGCUUGGAAGGUACGCUUUUAUUGGUCCCCAACAGACGCUUUACUUGCCAGGCCCGUUUUUGCAACCCGGGGACAACGAAAUUGUCAUAUUUGAACACUUUGAACCUGCCGCUGAAGUGAAAUUUUCCCAAGACGCUAUAUUUAAUAAUCUCUAAGCGUGUUAUAAGCGUGAUUCCUCCUUGUUUAUCUUUGUUUUUAAAGUUUUACGUCUUUAGUAAAUAAAUUAUUAUUUUUA